CUGCUUUAUAGUAAUUUUUUUCAGACGAUUGAUUUUACUCAAUGUCGCGUAGAUACAAUUCCUGACUUCUCGCGAUUUACGCAAUUAAAGGAGAUAGGCUUGCGACAGAAUUUAUUGACCUCAAUCAAUCCUCGCAUCACAGUUGUUGGGCUGAUAAGGCUGGAUCUGUACGACAAUCAAAUUGAGGUGAUUUCAAAUCUGGACGAGCUUGUAAACCUUGAAUACCUGGAUAUGAGUUACAACCGCAUCAAGAAAAUUGAAGGUCUUUCUGGCUUGGUGAUUUCAAAUCUGGACGAGCUUGUAAAUCUUGAAUACCUGGAUAUGAGUUACAACCGCAUCAAGAAAAUUGAAGGUCUUUCUGGUUUGGUGAAUUUACGACGACUUUACUUAGUGCACAAUAAAAUUGAUGAAAUUGCUGGUUUGGAAUCGCUGACGAAGCUCGAACUGCUUGAGCUUGGUGAUAAUCGAAUUAAGGCAAGCAUUCAGUUCUGUUUUUCAAUCCGCUUCCAUCUGGCUAUCCAAGGACAAAGCUGUUGCAGCUUUCCCUUCCAGCUGGAAAAUAUUGGACAUUUGAUUGAUCUCCGAGAGUUAUAUAUUGGGAAAAAUAAAAUUCGGAAGUUAGAAAAUCUGGAGAAUUUGAAGAAGCUUACUGUGCUGAGUGUUCCUAAAAAAUUGACAAUAAUUGAUGCUGGAAACAACAAAAUCACGAAUCUGGAUGGACUCAAUCAUUUGGAAGAACUGACAGAUUUAUGGGUACAUUUACAAUUAUUUUUACACAUUUUUCAAAAACUUCCUCUAACUUUUAAAUCAUCGAUCAGCACGAUCUGGGUUGGGAUUUUGUGCUUUUGAAG